GGGCCUCCAGGCUGCAGGAGGUGGAAGGAAAAAAGUUACGAAGCUUGAAGGAAAGUUUCUCAUUAACUUUUUAAAAUAUAUAUUACACCCUUAGGUGGGGUUAGAGGGUGUCAAGACGAAAAAAGCAUGCAAAUGUACAAGCUAAUCGACAAGGUGGUCGUGUAGACUUCCUGAUUGCGCGCUAGAACACACCGAAUCAGUUGGUUCCCUAUUUUUUUUUUUAGAAAUCGGGCAAAGAAACGUUUGAUUAAAACCCCUGAACCCCACUCAUUUACAAGGAUCUAAACUGCGCACCGCAUACGGAAAUAUAUACUUUUUUAUCAAUAAAUUACGUUUAUAGAGAGUGAAAACCACUCUGAAGUGCUCGAGUAAAAAAGGGAGCGCUAGGCAGGGGGCUGUUUAACGGUUCGCUCUGUUCUUACAAAUCACGGCUCUUUUUACAUCAGCGAUCACAGCGAAGAACUGUAACAGCGCGGACUUUUUUUAUUGUUUUUUCUUUUAAUGCCGAGAGGAAACAAGGAGGAGUACUGACGACUUGGGCGGAUAAAAGAUGUCUGGUCCCACAUGGUUACCCCCAAAAACACUAGGCAGCCCGGAACGACAAAACACUACUGUGUCCUCAUCUUCCUCUUCUGCAUAUAAGCCAUCAAAAAAGAUGCCCCAAUCUGCCAAACAGAAAUACAGUGCCUAUGAACAAAAUGGAGAAAUCGGUGGAAUGGUCAGUCGAUACCAAACUCAGGGACCUACAGAUGGUUUGUUACCACAUUCUGAAGAUUUAGUGUCUCAGGGACAAUAUCCACUUCCCCCUGUGUUGGGUGACCACUACUACCAAACAUCUCCAGGAUCAAAAGAUGAGCGAAAUGCUUGGCACCAUCCCUCAAGCACCUUUGAUAUCCAUGCACGUAUAGCUGAGAAAGCAGGAUCACACUCAACCAACAUUGAUGCAGAAAUAGACUCUCUAACCAGCAUGCUAGCAGACAUGGAGAGUGCCCCACAAUAUGUACAUCACCCCUGUGGACAGGUUUAUGACAACAUGACUUACUCAAAACAGCCUAUGGAUCGGUAUAAGCCGGCACCGUCUUCUGCUGCCCAAAGUACAAAUAAACCAGUGGUGAACUAUCAUCACUCUUUGCAACAGUCAUCACACCUUCCUCAACAAGUUACCCAAGUACAGGUGGCCCAGCAUCACACUGUGCCACAAUAUGCUGGUGUGCCAUCUACAGCUUACACAAGUCCUCAAAUGUCUCCUUACGGUCCUCCUUCCAACCAUACAGUUCAUCAAAUGCAGCAGAUUUCUUCAUAUAGCCCUCAGCAGAUGCCUGGUUAUGUCUACUCCUCCCAAGGCCAAAAGCCAUAUCCUCAACCUGUUCCUGCCUCUUACACAACUGCAUCAACACCAACUGGACCUCGAUUUAGUGUUCAGGUUAAAACUGCCCAGCCAGUCAGCACCUAUUCCCAAACGAGCCGACAGGCUGAGCAAGCUUAUGCCCCUCCUUCGCCAAGACAAGCUGGUCCUCAACAUGCUGAGCCUCCUUAUCGAGAACGAACUGGACCCUAUUCUGAGGCAGGACAAAAUUGGUACCCAACAAAUUCAUCUCAACCAAAUAGUUCACCACAGGAUGGAAACAAGAAGGGAUACCGUGGCUAUUCACCUCCUGGUCCAAGGCUAUCUCAGGCAGGUGUAGGUGUGCCCAAGAGGAACCAGGAAACACUGCCUCCUGCCCCUACUCAAACUGUUGCUUACCCUGCUGUCAAGACUCCAGUUAGUCGACCUGAGGAUGAACUUGACCGUCUUACCAAGAAGCUGGUAUAUGAUAUGAAUCAUCCGCCAACUGAGGAAUACUUUGGACGCUGUGCUCGUUGUGGGAAUAAUGUUGUUGGUGAUGGGACCGGUUGCAUUGCCAUGGAUCAAGUGUUCCAUGUUGAAUGUUUCACAUGCAUCACCUGCCAAUGUCGUCUUCGUGGACAGCCAUUCUAUGCCAUUGAAAAAAAGUCCUACUGUGAAAACUGCUAUAUAUCCACCUUGGAGCGCUGUUCUAAAUGUUCUCAGCCCAUCCUAGAUCGCAUCUUACGGGCAAUGGGUAAAGCAUAUCACCCUCACUGUUUCACAUGUGUGGUCUGCAAUCGCUGCCUGGAUGGGGUACCAUUCACUGUCGAUGCAACAUCUCAGAUCCACUGCAUUGAGGAUUUCCACAGGAAGUUUGCACCACGGUGCUCAGUGUGCGGAGAGGCCAUUAUGCCGGAAAAGGGACAGGAAGAGACUGUGAGAAUUGUAGCUCUGGACCGUAGCUUCCAUGUCAACUGUUAUGUGUGUGAGGAGUGCGGGUUACUUUUGUCUUCAGAAGGAGAAGGCCGUGGCUGCUAUCCCCUGGAUGGACACAUUCUGUGUAAAAGCUGUAGUGCCCGGAGAAUUCAGGAACUGUCUUCGAAAAUCUCAACUGACUGCUAGUAGGACCUGCUUACUGGAAAGAGUCUGUCCCCAUGCCGAUGCUUCCUAAAUUUGCACUCCUUUUUGCUUAAAGCACAGAACUUGACAAUUAGAGUGGAAGCUGGUGAGAUAUUUUUUUCUUGUCAUCUUGAUAGCAAGAUGCUUGAACCACAUGUUCUCAAAUUUUCCUAUGAUUGAUUCAAGUUCUUAAUUCCAUGCUUUUGAAACUUUGCACUCUGAAACUCAGAAGAACAGUCUAAACCCCAUAAUGCCUGAAGAACUGCACCUUGGGAAUCCGUCUUUGAUUCAUGAGAGAGCCGCAUUUCAGUUUCAGCCAAGUAAUGGGGGCAUAGUUUUCACAACCAUUUAUACGUCUGAGGAAUUUUCCUCCUGCCUCUGCAAGGCUGCAAAUCUGCAAACCAAAUUUGACCACGUUUUCCCAAAUUAAUGGGUGGGAUCUGUUUAGCACCAAAGUCAAGCUUGUUCAUAAUGAGCCGUUAGGAAUCAAUUGCUUGACACUCAAAUGCGGACAAUACCAUCUCAUCUUACAAUAUGAAGUCUUAGAUGACUUCUCUCUUCCUGUUCUAGUUCAUGUUAAGAGUCAUUUUAAACAGACAUUAAUCUAAACCAAAGUAUACCGUUUUAGAAAAGCGAUCAAAAAUACAUAUCAUAGAAAGCAGCUUAUAUGCUUACUAAAAAGGUCAAAAACUGGUGUUUCAUCUUUUGCACUGCCUGCUGCCUUCUGUGUGAAGACUCCGAGUUGGCGGAGGAGUUUCACUGUCUGCUUAUCCGUCCAAUUGCUGGCGUUAUGACCCACUUUAAUCAAAAAAUGAAAGUUCUAUUUUUUUCCCCACCUCGGCUUAGUUCUCAUAAACAAUUAGAGUUUAUGUUUUAAAGCAGGAUGUGGUUUUGGUAGGUGUUUGUUAUUUUUUGCAUAUGGUUUGAGGGAGGAGGAGAGGUGAUUUUUUUUUUUUUUAUUAUAAAGAGUUCGGAAUGAUAAACUUAAGAUUUAACAAUGCAAAGCAUGGUUUCCCUUAUCUUUGUGUGAAAAUUUUGAUAAUUUCUCUCAGCGUAAAAGAAAGUAACACAUGUUAGAGUUUUGUGGCAUUCAUCGGCCUACGAUGUUGACUUCAGAGGUGCAGCAGCAGAAUAAGAGUAAUUUCCUCCAUAGCUAGUAAUGGAGUUAGGUCAGUUUGGACUUAUAGAGAAAAGGGAAGGAAUUUGUAAAUGAAGCUUCCUUGUAACGUUAACCUGUCCAACUGGAACAUCUCUCUCUUAUUGACAAAUAAAGGGACUAAAAAAGGUGAAAUU